AUGUCUCGCAACAUCUUUGUCCACAACAAAUCUUCUCAUCCACAAACUUUCGAAGUCCAUGGGUGGAACAAUAACAAAAACAUCGUCGUGAAGCCUCGCUCGACGCACACGAUCAAGGCCCCCAAUGGGUCUUCUGGAGCAAUCAUCGCCUUGCAUGAUGGCCACGAGGGUGAACAAGCCGAAAUCACCAAAAAUGGCUUUGGCGGUAAUGACUUCUUCGAUCUCAGCAAUAUCGUUGGUGCCGGCGGCAACAUGACUGUCCAGCAAGUCGGUGAGCCUGAAACCCUCAAAGGGGAUCCCUUAUUCAUGCAGCACCUCAACGAUGCUUUCCGCAAGGCUUCAAAAGAGACCAAAGACAAGUGUAGAGGGGCCCUUCACUUUGAUAAAAAGGGGGCUAUCAUUCGGCUUGAACCUAUCAAGUUCCAUCCGGAGAUCGAGCCGCUGAUUCGUACAUUUGCCGACGGCAAGACUUAUAUUGGUGUCGGAGCGUGGAAUGGCAGUCCUGGGCAUAAGAGUGAUAACGAACAGAGCAAAGCAGGGCGUGGCAAUAAGGAUAUCAUCGUCACUUCCAAUGACGGUGACGCCAGUCCAGAUAAACGAUAUGGACGUCAAGGGGCCAAAUUCGUCGCGCAAGGACUUGUUGGUUCGUUCGAAUCCAGCGCCAGUACGGGCAACGAAGGUGAGACAGGCGCCGAUCAACAAGAAGAUGCCGAUGGUAGUGUAGAAGCCAAUGUCAACGCGGAAGCUAAUGGCGAAGACGACACCGCCGGCACUGUAGAUGCUGAAGACGUCCGUACUAACGAAGACAUCACCGGCCCAGCAAGCUUAUCUCAACGCACCCUCCUCGCUUCAGCAGCAGCAACACCAAUUCACCCCACAAAAGGCGACCCUGAUGACGGCAAAAAACCCGGCAUAAUCCUCCACAACCGCUCUAACCACGCCGACACCUACUUCUUUUUCGACAACUACUGGAACGGCAACGGCACCGCUGGAGCCAACUUCGACAAACCUCUCAAAGCCGUCUCCGUACCCGCCGGAAAAAAGGCUUUCGCUAGCCUCCCCCUCACAUUCAAAGGCCGUGUCCAACGCGGUCGCCUCAUCCCGGCGACUUGGGUGGAAUUUCAGCUCAAAGCCGCGAAUGACGGCGCCGCUCACGGGGACGUCAGCAUCCAGCAGGGGAAUGAUGGUCCAGCCACAAUCUCCUCAACUGACGGCAGUCACCAACCAAUUGGGGGCUUCAAGCAGCCACUCGUUCACAAAGCACCGCCAGCGGCGCGGGUCAAGAGGCCCGGGGAUGGGGUGGAGGUCUUGGCGAGCACGAUGGGGAAUUGGAUGGGUCCGCCAAACCAGGCGGCGAUAGACUAUCAGAGGCCAUUAAUCGGAAAGACGACAUAUGUGGUGGGUGGAACUGGUGUGCCGGAUGUGGCGGCAAGGAAUCAUCGGUUCUCGGUGGAUUUCUAUUGA